CAACCCUUCCCACCUAUAAAUGCCUUCCGUCCGUUCCUUCAUCUUGCGGUUUCUAGGUUUCACGGGUGGCAGCCUCCCUGCGAUUGAUUCUUUCGUUCCUUCUUUUGUUUUGUUUUGAUUAUUGCUGCCUGCGUUUCCUUCUCCGUCGAGCUUGGGAAAUGGCGACAUCUCCGAUGAUCAGAUCGUCUUCUGUCGCUGACUCCAGAUCCCACGCCAUGGCCUCUCUUAAGGGGGCUUGCUUUAAUAAGCUUAAGCUGCAGCAGGGGAGGCUCCAAGAUAACUUCUUGGGCUACACAAAUCACUUUGGUAAUGCUGCCUCCAUUCAGUCUCGCAAUGCUAGAAGUUUACAGCCUAUAAGGUCUACAGCGACUCAGAUGCCUCCAAAAGUUAACAGUUCUGCAAACAGUGGGACUGUGAGGAUUGGCAUAAAUGGUUUUGGCCGCAUUGGAAGGCUGGUGUUGCGUGUGGCUUCAGAAGGACAUGGUGUUGAUGUUGUUGCUGUGAACGACCCUUUUAUUGAUGCUAAGUAUAUGGCUUAUAUGCUUAAGUAUGACUCGACACAUGGAAGGUUCAAAGGAACUGUUAGGGUUUUGGACGACUCGACCUUGGAGAUCAAUGGAAAGAAGAUAUUUGUCUCUAAUAAAAGGAACCCAGCAGAGCUUCCUUGGGACAUUCAUGGUGUUGACUAUGUAGUUGAGUCUUCUGGAGUUUUCACCACAACUGAGAAGGCCUCUGCACAUCUUAAGGCAGGUGCAAAGAAAGUGGUGAUAUCUGCCCCUUCAGCUGAUGCCCCGAUGUUUGUAGUGGGUGUAAAUGAGCACAGCUACAAACCUGAAAUGAAUGUUGUCUCUAAUGCAAGUUGUACGACCAACUGUUUGGCUCCUCUUGCAAAAGUUGUGCAUUCAGAGUUUGGCAUUAUUGAAGGUCUCAUGACUACUGUACAUGCUACAACCGCUACACAGAAGACUGUAGAUGGUCCUUCAAUGAAGGACUGGCGGGGAGGUCGUGGAGCAGGGCAGAAUAUUAUCCCAAGUUCCACUGGUGCUGCCAAGGCUGUGGGAAAGGUGCUUCCUGAGUUGAAUGGGAGACUUACUGGCAUGGCCUUCCGUGUUCCAACACCCAACGUUUCUGUUGUGGAUCUUACCUGUCGGUUGGAGAGACCAGCUUCAUAUGAGGCCGUAAAGGCAGCAAUAAGGGCUGCUUCAGAAGGUCCCAUGAAGGGCAUUCUUGGGUACACGGAUGAAGAUGUGGUCUCCAAUGAUUUUGUCGGCGACAGCAGGUCAAGCAUCUUUGAUGCAAAAGCUGGCAUUGGUUUGAGCAAUUCAUUCAUGAAGCUUGUGUCAUGGUACGACAAUGAGUGGGGUUACAGCAACCGAGUUGUUGAUCUGAUCGAGCACAUGGCUUUGGUGGCGUCAUCAAGUAACUGAGACGUUCUUCAUGCGAAACCCCGGUUUAGGGUAACGCAAUUUUGGCAGUAAGGAGGGUUAUGGUUUUUUACUAGUGUGGAGUAUAGGAUUGGGGCUCCAUGUAAUAGUAUUUUUCCAGGUGAAAGUUGCAAAUAAAUGGAUAUAAAAUGGUUGCAGUUUUGUUA